AUGGGCAAAAAGGAGCUCAACAAAGCGCAACCCGACGAGAAAAAACAGGUUGCAAAUGUGAAAGAGCGAACUCACUUGUUUCAAAUUAUCUUGCAGUCUUCUGAUGUUAAUCCUGCCCCUCACAGCCAGUCACCUAACACCACCCACAUCUUCCUUCCAACACACUCAUACUUCUUCACUACCUAUAGAUCUGAGCCUCGGUCUCGCCUCUCCUUCGAACUUCUUCACUCAACACCAGUCGUCUUCUUCCUUUUAUGUUCCUUUUCCACUUCCUCCUCCUCAAUUUGCCUUUCUCUACCCUUUCUUUUCAAACCCCUUUUCUCUUCAUCCUCUCACGUUUCUUUUCUUUCCCACCUUUUCUCCCACCACAGUCAUCUUCCUUUCCUUUUUAGAUUCUCUUUAUACAACCCCGACGUUUUUCAACCACCUUUUCUCCCACCACAGUCUCAUCUUCCUCUCCUUUUUAGAUUCUCUUUAUACAACCCCGACGUUUUUCAACCACCUUUUCUCCCACCACAGUCUCAUCUUCCUCUCCUUUUUAGAUUCUCUUUAUACAACCCCGACGUUUUUCAACCACCUUUUCUCCCACCACAGUCUCAUCUUCCUCUCCUUUUUAGAUUCUCUUUAUACAACCCUCGUUUUCAACCACCUUUUCUCCCACCACAGUCUCAUCUUCCUCUCCUUUUAGAUUCUCUUUAUACUACCCCGACAUUCUCUUUCUACAACCCCGACGUUUUUUUCAACCACCUUUUCUCCCACCACAGUCUCAUCUUCCUCUCCUUUUUAGAUUCUCUUUAUACAACCCUGACGUUUUUUCAACCACCUUUUCUCCCACCAGUCUCAUCUUCCUCUCCUUUUAGAUUCUCUUUAUACAACCCCGACGUUUUCAACCACCUUUUCUCCCACCACAGUCUCAUCUUCCCUCUCCUUUUAGAUUCUCUUUAUACAACCCCACGUUUUUCAAACCUUUUCUCCCACCACAGUCUCAUCUUCAUCUCCUUUUUAGAUUCUCUUUAUACUACCCCGACGUUUUUCAACCACCUUUUCUCCCACCACAGUCUCAUCUUCCUCUCCUUUUUUAGAUUCUCUUUAUACAACCCCGACGUUUUUCAACCACCUUUUCUCCCACCACAAAUCUUCCUCUCCUUUUUAGAUUCUCUUUAUACAACCCCGACGUUUUGUUUUUUCCCAAUUACAGUCUCAUCUUCUCUUCUAGAUUUCUUUAUACAACCCCGACGUUUUUUCAACCACCUUUUCUCCCACCACAGUCUCAUCUUCCUCUCCUUUUUAGAUUCUCUUUAUACAACCCCGACAUUCUCUUUAUACUACCCCGACGUUUUUCAACCACCUUUUCUCCCACCACAGUCUCAUCUUCCUCUCCUUUUAGAUUCUCUUUAUACAACCCCGACGUUUUUUUCAACCACCUUUUCUCCCACCACAGAUCUCUUUAUACUUGACGUUUUUCAACCACCUUUUCUCCCACCACAGUCUCAUCUUCCUCUCCUUUUAGAUUCUCUUUAUAAACCCCGACGUUUUUCAACCACCUUUUCUCCCACCACAGUCUCAUCUUCAUCUCCUUUUUUUAGAUUCUCUUUAAAACCCCGACGUUUUUCAACCACCUUUUCCCAGCCUUCAUUUGACAUCUUUCUCUCCUCCUACCGCUUCUCUGUUAUAUUUCCUUCUUUUAACCCCGGACUCCUUUGA